AUGUCGGCGAGCAGCACGCCCGUAGACGCCUCGGGGGAGCCGAUCCCGACGUCGUCGGUGCUGAUGGCGGCGUCGAAGCACAUCGCGGUCCGGUGCCGCCCGGAGAACGUCGCGUUCCUCAACUGCAAGAAGAAGGACCCUAACCCCGAGAAGUGCCUCGAGAAGGGCCGUCAGGUCACACGCUGCGUCCUUAGCCUGUUGAAAGAACUUCACCAAAAGUGUCCUAAGGAAAUGGAUGAGUAUGCUGGUUGCAUGUAUUACUAUACCAACGAAUUCGACUUCUGCCGUAAGGAGCAGCAAGCUUUUGAGGAAGCCUGCCCCAUUUCCGAGUAG